CUUUCUUAACAUACUAUCCCCACAUACCAUAUUUACUCUAACACUUUAAUAUAUUCAUUACCUUUUUUGUUUACCACUUUCCUCUCAUAUUAUAUUUAUAAUAUAUAUCAUAUAUAAAAAUGUCUAGUGAGGGUAAUAUUAUUCUUAUGGUGCAUUGGAAUGGUUCUACAUCUCAAAGAGAUGAUGAAAUAGAGUACUCCAUACCUCCUAGAGCUGUACUAUUCAUUAGUGAAGGAGAUGAUUAUACUACUAUACAUGAAAAUGUUCUCAAUCAUGUUAUCCGUGAUGGAUUUUCCGAAAUUAAAUUAAUUUACGGAAAAUUGCCGAAAUAUAAGAAUUCGGUAUAUGUUGCUUCUAGAUUAUGGCCCAUUCAUGAUGAGCGAACAUGGCGGCAUUUUUUCCGGAUCGCCACAAAUGAGUAUGAGGAGUUGCACAUUUACGUGGAAGCUUCAGCGACCCCGCCACAAAAUUUGACGUUCCACGAAACUCAUGGAGUGGAAGGCCCAUCAUCAAGUCGGAGGAACAACCGCCAAUCGUUUCAGAACCACGAAACUCCCGAUUCGGGUGAAGAGUCUGAUGACCCAGACUAUGAACAAGGUUUUUGUAGUGAUGUCGAUACAACCACGACGGAUGGUAAUGACGAGACAGUAGACCCCACCUGGGCAAAUGUAGAGCUAGAAGAACCAUAUGUGCUUGAUUCUGAGCCUCAAAGGAUCGAAGUCGGCGCAAUUUACCCUUCAUUUGAUGCACUGAAAGAAGCGGUGGCGAGAGAAAACAUUCGUCAAUUUCGUCAAUUCCAAUCGGUUGACAAAAGGGCACGGUCUUGGAAGGCGGUUUGCAUUUAC